AUUGAUGUAACACGCAGUGGAAGGUCAGGUUUUCUCUCGGUGAAUUUCAACACUACAUUCAUUAAAGCAAACAACUGCCGCUAACGCAGCGCUUUUCUACCCACAGCAGUGCUUAACUUUAUGCCAGCUGUAACGUUCGUGACUUUGCUUGGUAACGGAAACACCGCGUAGUAACGGGACAUACCGUGCGGACAGUUAAUUCAUCUCUGAAUCUGACUCGUGCCUGAUGUCUGGGUCAAAAUGCACGCGGCUGAGCGGCGCGCUGGUGAAACAGGUGCUGGACUCGGUGGACAGCGUCCUGUUUGACUGCGACGGGGUCAUCUGGCGGGGGGACCAGGCCAUCCCCGGCGCCUCUCAAGUCGUGAACCUGCUCAAGGAAAAGGGGAAGAAGGUCUUCUUCGUCACCAACAACAGUACCAAGACGAGGAAGAUGUACGCCGACAAAAUGGCCAUGUUGGGGUUCAACGCGAACGAGGAGGAGGUGUUCGGGACGGCGUACUGCUCCGCCGCGUACCUGAAGACUGUCUGCGGGCUGGAAGGCAAAGUGUACCUGAUAGGGAGCAAUGCCAUGAGAGAAGAGCUGGAGGCGGUGGGGAUCCAGCAGACCGGGGUGGGACCUGACCACAUCACCGGGAAGCAGCACGACUGGGCCACCGUGCCUCUGGAUCCCGAAGUGAAGGCGGUGGUGGUCGGCUUUGAUGAACACUUCAGUUACAUGAAGCUGAACAGAGCCCUGCAGUACCUGACCCAGCCGGACUGUCUGUUUGUGGGAACCAACGGGGACACUAGGCUGCCUCUGGAGGGGGGCAAGGCCGUCCCAGGUACAGGCUGCCUGCUGAGGGCUGUGGAGACAGCAGCUCAGCGCCAGGCCCAGACAGUAGGCAAACCCAACCACUUCAUGUUCGACUGCGUGGCCUCCAAAUACGGCGUGGACCCCGACCGCUGCCUGAUGGUUGGCGACCGCCUGGACACCGACAUCCUGCUGGGCUCCAACUGUGGCCUGAAGACCCUCCUCACCCUCACGGGGGUCAGCACGUUGGCAGACGCUGAGGCCCAUCAGAAGAGCGGCUGCGCGGAGAGGCAGGGGAUGGUGCCAGAUUAUUACGUGGAGAGCAUCGCAGACCUCCUUCCAGCUCUGCAGGGAUGAAACUCAAGUCUUUCAGGACUUGAAUGUAGCUUUGUGAUAGCCUUAGCAGCUAUAAGCUUGAGGAGUUAGGCUAGCCUGUCACAUGCCAGAUGACACUGUCUUCUAAAAGGGAAUAUUUUUUCAUAAAAUUUAUAUGAUUAUAUGCAUCUCUGUAUCAAAGUCACACCCAAGCAGCUAGCUGCUGCGUGACAGGAGACAAAGACUCCUUUAUUUAACUAAACCAUUAUUAAAACCUGCUUAUUUAACAUAUUAAUGAUUGAUUUAUUAUAAAGAACAGCAGAACAAUGACUUACAGUAUUGUUUCAGUGUGUGUAUGUUCACUUUUGGGGGGAAAGGAGAGUGUACUUUAAAGACUGCCUGUGAUGCAAUCACCCCUUAAGCAACUCCAAGUCAAUUCAAGGAGGGAAAUGAGCACACAGUGUGUCAAAGUUUGGCAAUAUAUGUGUGUUCAGGUUUACAGCUGUUUUAAAGUCUAUAAAUAACGGGCAAAGAGUGGGACUAAAAGGCACUGAACUUGUCUGGCUUCUGUUUUUAUGUAUUUUCACACCUCAGCUGAAAAUGCAAACAUGUAGUUACAUUCAUGGGACGGUGCAAUCAUACUAAGUCGUGUCAUGUCAUGUCAGUUCAGUAGUGAAACCGUGAUUAGCAUACGUUUUUAAAGGUCUUCCUUGUACCUUCUUUGUUCUCCGAUUUGUCCUUAACUCCCCGAAUCGCUGAAAGCAACGCUCAAAUCUGUAAUAAAAUUCACACUAUCUUUACUAAA